AUAUAUUGCAAUAUGAGUAUUGAAACAAAAAAAGAAGUAUAGCAUCGUUGAUUCAUUGAAGGAUAACAAUUGUCAGAAACCGUAAUGAAAAAGAAUCGGUAAAAAGGAGUAUGCAUACUAGUGGUGGAGAUGCUUGGCUCCUCGUGCUUUCGUAGGAAUACAAUUGCAUUCUCUCAAUUGUCGUCUUUCUCUCACCCUCAAAUCUUUUCUCUUCCUGCACCCAUCCUUCAAUGGCCUCAAGGACAAGGUUUUGCUUCAGGACUUGUGAAUCUCGGUGAAAUAGAAGUUUUCAAGGUCACAAAGUUUGAGUACAUUUGGAGCAGUGCCAUACUAGACACUAAAAAAGCUGUUGUAUUCUACAAGCCUGUAGGAAUACCUAACAAUUUCCAUAUCCUUGGCCACUACUGUCAACCAAGCGACAAACCUUUACGGGGUUUUGUACUUGUCGCAAAGGAAACGGGAACUUCCUUGUCCGAAACUAAUGAGGAAAAGUUGCCUCCUUUGAGGAAUCCCCUUGAUUUUAAGUUAUUUUGGAGUUCAAAUGCAGGUAGUCAAGAAAUUUCAAGUGGAUGUGGUUACUUUUGGUUACCCGAACCUCCUGAAGGUUACAAGGCCAUCGGCUACUUUGUUACAAACAAACCUGACAAGCCUGAGUUGGAUGAAAUGUGUUGUGUUCGUGCCGACCUCACCGACGAAUGUGAACCUUACCGCAUAAUAUUUUCAGCUGGUUCUAGAAUUCUAGAGUUUUCAUUUCAGGUAUGGAGCUUGAGACCUUGUGACCGCGGCAUGCUAGGGAAAGGUGUUUCUGUUGGGACUUUUUUAUGCAGUAGUGGUUGGAGCAAUGGAGAAGAGCAUCACCCUAUUGCAUGCUUGAAGAACCUAAAUCCUUUACUGCCAUCAAUGCCUAAUUUGCAACAAAUUCAUGCACUUAUUGAGCAUUAUGGCCCUACUGUUUUCUUUCACCCCAACGAAAUUUACUUGCCAUCUUCUGUUGAUUGGUUUUUCGACAACGGAGCCCUUUUGUACAGAAAGGGUGUGUCCACAGGAGAAAGAAUUGAUGCAACUGGCUCAAAUUUACCUUGUGGAGGAUCAAAUGAUGGACAAUUUUGGAUAGACUUGCCGAGUGACGAUCGAAGGGAUUUUGUUAAACGCGGGGACUUAAAAAGUGCAAGGCUUUAUGUUCAUGUGAAGCCAGCUGUUGGAGGGACUUUUACAGACAUUGUAUUUUGGGUAUUUUGCCCUUUCAAUGGACCGGCCACAUUGAAAAUUGGAAUCAAGAAUAUACCUUUGAGCAAGAUUGGUGAACAUGUUGGUGAUUGGGAGCAUUUCACGCUUCGUAUAUGCAACUUCGCCGGAGAACUCUAUAGUAUAUACUUCUCACAGCACAGUGGCGGCGAAUGGGUGGACGCCCAUGAUUUGGAUUAUAUCGAUGGCAAUAAAGCUAUUGUUUACUCAUCAAAAAGUGGACAUGCAAGUUACCCUCAUCCUGGAACAUAUAUCCAAGGUUCUUCAAAACUAGGGCUAGGUAUCCGGAACGAUGCUGUUCGUAGUAAUUUGUACUUGGAUUCUAGUGUCCAUUACGAGCUUGUUGCGGCUGAAUAUCUAGAAAAUGUUGUCGCUGAGCCUAAUUGGUUGCAGUUUAUGAGAGAAUGGGGUCCCAAAAUUGUUUAUGAUUUAAAAACUGAGUUGGAUAAGAUUAUCAACGCGCUUCCUCGCAUGCUUCGGUAUUCAAUGAGGAACUUGUUUAACAAGUUUCCAGUGGAGCUGUAUGGUGAGGAAGGUCCUACUGGGCCAAAAGAGAAAAAUAAUUGGAUACAGGAUGAGAGAUGGUGAUUUUAUAUUGGUGUUCGCGUCACACUGGCUGUUAGUGAACCUUGCAAAAUAUAGAUUGUAAUGUUGUAAUUUUAGGUAUACACUCACUCACACACAUACACAGUCACACAGAGAUACUCAAAAAAAAAAAAAUUCACAGAGAUAGGUGUUGGCUAUUGAUUUGUUCACUAAUAAUGAAGUAGUUACAAAUGUCUAACAAUUGGAUGGAUUGAAUGAGAGAAUUCUUACACUCACUCACUGCCUCUGUCUGGUACUCAACUUAUUUUGCAGAUCCAAAUUUAUUUAGCAUGAGAUUUUACAGGUACCAUGCAGUUUCCUUGAUAAAUAAUGCUAGCAUGGAACCAUCUCAAAGAUUCAUAUUCCUUACACUAUCUGGAAAUGUAAUAAGGCAAAAGCAACUCAAGGCAGUGGCAUAUCAUUGUUUGAUUAUUUCCUCAACAAAGUGGGCAUUGUGAAUUUAAUGGGCCAACUUUGAGGGACGCAUUAAGCUAAAGAUUGAUAAAAUGUGUUAUAAAAGUUGUAAUCUCCAUGUUUAUGGAUUGAUAGAAGAGGAAAGCUUAGACAUGUCAUAUAUCUUUGACUGAUUGAUAGACAUUAGCUAUUGUAAGGAAUGGUUUUAGGAGUAACAUUAGAAGUAUAUUCUUGAGUAAGUAAGAUGUAGGAGCCUAAUCUUUGAUAUUUAUUCUUGUAUGUAUAUUCUGAUCAUAUCAAUGGAAAAGUUUGACAGAUGCCAUUCUUCAGCUA